AUGCCGAGACUCAGUGACCGUACGGCACCAGUUGAUGCUGUGCACCACAACGGUCUACUGAUGGAAUAUGAUAUUCGUACGUCUCCUCCUCGAAUCUUUCGUUAUCCCGAACGACGAGGAGACAAGUUGUACGGAAGCAUGAUGUCAAUGGCCACUAGAGAAGCUAUGCUCGCGAGGCGUCCAGGAGUCCGACCGUUGAUCAUUCCCCGUUCGACGUUUGCUGGUGUCGGACCAAGGUCGGUAACGGUAGAUGGCGAUUUCGUGAUUGGCCCAGUGAACGACACUACGCUUGUCGCCUAUAAGUACCUCGUGGCUGCCAGCUUUUGUGGUUCAUACCGCACCGAGCGCAAAUUUCUCGAGGUGUUUGCCUACCUGGGCUCACCGCCUGGCUCGUUACUUACCCUCACAAAGCGAGAUGGAGGACAUCCGAGAAACUGGCUCAACGCCAAUAUCCUGAUCAAUCCGAAGACCGGUACCAUAACUGGCGUGACGCCUUCCAAUUGGUUCAACGACGACAUCAACCGCUUCACGAUGGAGGGUCCCCAAUGGGACGGGCCACUCGGGUACGACGAAGACAUCGCUGCAGACUCGGAGCUAAGAGCAUACUUCUUGUCCGAGCUGAAAGUUGAAAUUGAGGAGUACAAGAUAUUCCUCGAAUUUGAAGAACGCAAGCGUCAGGCCAUGUCCGCAAACGGUGGCACGACUACCAAUAUGGAGAUCUAUUGA